AAAUUAAUUGGUUAUUUCAGUAAAAAUAAAAACAUUAUAUAACCCGCACUUUUGAAAUUGUGGUUAAACCCUAUAUAAUUUAGAAGGCAUCCUCUCAGACAUUUCAUUUUUCCCUCAUUCUUUUGUUUAAUUUUCAUUAAUUAAUAAUUUAUGUACAGUACAUGUAAGUAUAAAAUAAGGGAAAUGUUAGAAACUGAAUAUUUGAGAAUGAACUAUUUGAACUGUAUUAAAAAUCAAAAACAACAACUCUCCUGCUAGUUACAAACUUUCUCAAGGUGAGAGAACUCUACAGUUCCAAUGAACCAUAGAGCAAUGACAAUGGGUACAUAAGCUUUCAGUAGGGCAAUCCAUACCAGUAAAAUUUGAGGAAAAAUGAAGAAAAGAGUGACCCACAGGCAGCAUCUGAUCUAAAGUGGGCAACUGCUAAACAGUAUUUGCUAAUUUGUUGAGUGGUUGAUUUACAAAUACUUGGCUUUAUAAUACGUGGGUCGUUCAAUAAGUCCUUAGAAAAUCCAAUAGAUGGCGCUCGUAGCCUCAAAAAUGGCGCGUUUUUUGUAAGCAUGAUGUCUCACUAGACAGUUGUGAAAAUCUCAGUCAUAUCCAUCAUAUGGUUUAAUUUUUAUUGUCAAUUGAAGCAAGAAACUUUUGUUUAUUUAGAAAAAUGGAAAAAAGUGAGUUUCGAGCGGUGAUUAAACACUUAUAUUUAAAAGGCUUAACACCAAAAGAGAUCAAAGCUGAGUUGGAUGAAGUUCAUGGCACAUCUGCUCCUGUGUUUGCAACUGUUUACAAUUGGGUAAAUGAGUUCAAACGUGGUCGUACAUCCACAAAAGAUGAACAUCGUUCGGGACGUCCAGUGGAAGUGACUACUCCCGAAAUGAUUGACAAAAUCCACGAUAUGGUUUUGAGUGAUCGACGAAUCAAAGUGCGUGAAAUAGUUGAGGCCACAGGCAUAUCACAAGGUACAGUGUUUUCAAUUUUGCACGAAAAAUUGGGUGUGAAAAAAAUCUCGGCAAGAUGGGUGCCGCGUUUGCUCUCAGUGGAGAAUAAACGUAAUCGUGUGGUCGACUCUGAGGCAAUUUUGGCACUUUUUCGUCGCAAUCCUGACGAGUUUCUGCGUCGAUACAUAACUGUGGACGAAACAUGGAUACACUAUUAUACUCCAGAGACCAAAGAACAGUCAAAACAGUGGGUUUUUGAAGGCGAAAGGGCUCCAAAGAAGGCGAAGACAGUGAAAUCGGCCGGGAAGGUGAUGGCCACGGUUUUUUGGGAUACACGCGGAAUCAUCUACACCGAUUACUUGGAAAAAGGAAAAACAAUAACUGGAGAGUAUUAUGCAUCAUUAUUGCACCGGUUAAGCGAAGAAAUCAAAGAAAAACGUCCUCAUUUGAAAAAGAAAAAGAUCCUCUUCCAUCAAGACAAUGCACAGGUGCAUACCUGUGCAGUUUCAAUGGCCAAAAUCACGGAAUUAAAGUUUGAAUUAUUACCACAUCCACCGUAUUCACCAGAUUUGGCCCCCAGUGACUUUUUUUUAUUUCCAAAUUUAAAAAAAUGGCUUGGUGGACAACGAUUCACGUCAAAUGAGAUGGUCAUUGCCCAAACAAAUGCCUAUUUUGAGGACCUUCUGAAAUCUUACUUUUUAGAUGGCUUAAAAAAGUUGGAGAAACGCUUGGAAAAGUGUAUAGAGCUUAAAGGAGAUUAUGUUGAAAAAUAA